AUGCGUUUAUCUAUCCUUGCUCUCACGGCCGUUGCCGCUACCGCUUCAGCCACGGCCUCACUCUCCUUGAGGGACACAGAAGCUCUCCUCCGCCGCCAGGCACCAGGGACCCCACAGUAUGACUGCCACGCGAAUUGCGGCGGCGUCAUCACCAUCGCCCGAACCGAGAACUACUGCGACAACAGCACCUUCACAACCGAGCUGGAAGCCUGUCUGGAAUGCGCGCUCGAGUUCAACAUCUGGCAGUACUACGGUGAGAGUGUGGGUGCUGCGGCUGAACGCUGUGGGCUUGACGCUACGCCGGUGGCCGCUGCGAAUGCGACGAGCACCAACGGCACCGCUUCGACGACAUCCUCUUCUGCUCCUACCGGUAGCACCACUUCGGGCUCAGGUUCGGGCGCUGCAAGCACCAGUGCUUCUGCGACAGCUGCGUCUUCGGGCUCUGCGGGGGCUGCUAGCGGGACCGCAUCCACGACCGCUGCGACCUCUACAUUCACCGGUGCUGCGAGUCACUUCGUUGUCAGUGGUGCUCUAGCACUAGUCCCCUUUGGAGCGUUCUUCCUCGGUUGCUUGUAG